UUACGCUUUAAUUCUGAAGGAUUCGGUCCUGAAAGUUUGCUGUUUUUCCGGUUAGACUAGAGAGAGCGAGGGAAACUGCCGGCGCUUUCUUUCUUGUAGUUUAUUUCGCUGGCGAUAAAACAACAUAUAAGGUUUAGGUGAACCAGAUUGGCGACGGUCUCCUACAAUGAUCAUCCCUAUUCGUUGCUUCACUUGUGGGAAGAUCGUGGGUAACAAGUGGGAGGCAUACCUUGGCCUUCUUCAAGCCGAAUAUACUGAGGGUGAUGCCCUUGAUGCCCUGGGCCUGAAGAGGUACUGUUGUCGGAGGAUGCUGCUUUCUCAUGUGGAUCUUAUUGAGAAACUGCUGAAUUAUGCUCCGCUGGAGAAGUGAUUGUAACUGGCAGCCCUCAUCAACUGCAAGGACUUUGCGGAGCUGUGACUUGGACAGAUUUGUUAUUAUAGUGAUGUGUGACAACCAGUGUCGACUACGGUGAAGACUUUUGGAGCAAUAAUAUGUGUUUCAUUUUUCUUAAAUAAAGCUGUUAAAUGACA